UAUAUACACGCCACGCAUGCUAACACGACCCAUAUUAUAACAUUCCCUCUAGAUUAUGUUCUUCAGCUGAGAACUGAAUUAAACUUAUAAAUAAGAAAAAGUAAGAUAAAAAUGCAGAUACAAUUCGCCAAGCUACGUUGUCUACAGCGGCUUUUCAACAGUACUAAGCCCGCUGUCGGUCUCUGCACGAGGCGGCACCGACGCCGCCUACACUGGGGGCAGAAGGAAGACCCAUUCACUAUCGUCACGGAAGGAAUGGUCGAUCUCGCCCACAGAAUCAAGGGGAAUUCGCCCUUCGCGUAUUCCGUCCACAACAGCCUUCUGCUCCACGGUCGAGGUCACGCUCGGGAAUGCACUUUCUACACCCUGAGAGAUCAUCCAGAUUCCCAUGUUGUUAUGUGGCGAUAUUUGCAACCGACGAAUACCCUGCUCGCCGUCCACUGUCGGGAGGAGGAGGUUCCCCUGUUGAAGGAGUCCCUGAUGCAGUCGCACUUGAUCGACUGGCAGGGAAGGCUGUGUGUUUUCCACGUCCCUAAGUAUCUGGUGGACACCGUGAAGGACGUCGUGAAGGAUAAGGGAGGACAGGAACUGACAAUCAAUAAAUGCUACACAUAUACUGGUGUUAAUAUUGGCGAUCCUCAUACUUAUUUGGCGGAGAAUCCCAUCCAGUGUCCUGCUGGACUCCGUGUGGCUCGGCUGGGACGAGCUGGAGUAAGCAUCAUGAGGAACACAGCGGAGUACGACAUAUGCAGGACUCUCGACGACAUGGUUUACAUCACAAAGCACGCCCCUUCAGUAGGCCUAUAUGAAGACCCGAGCGUGGAGAAGGAAACCACCGUCGACAUUGAGAACCUCCCCUUCGCUAGGGACGAGGAGGUUCCUGUAGCUUGGGUCACAACUUCCUUCUAUGGUGCUCUAGGUACAUGGAUGGUCAAGGAAGGGUAUGGAAAUCACAGACAUGGACAACUGGUAGUUCGGGUGGCUGUGUUGAUGCAGGCUGCCCAAGGUUAUAUCCCUCAUGGUCACGUGGACAUAGACAAUAAUCUUUCUAAAAACUCACUCGACAAAAUAUGCAAUCUCAAUUUGUCUGGCAGCGUGUACUUCAUGUUCCGAAAAUGAAAUUUGAUGGCACUUCUAGGUUUAUAUUUAUCAACACAUUUACAGUAAAAUGAAACCUUCCGAGUCUUGCAAAAACUUCAGGAUGCGUCAAAUUCAUGUCAGGAGUUAUAGCCAUAUUGAGCAACCAGGGCCAGGGCAAUCAAAACGACAUGCAUCGUAACUCCGCCACUCAGGAGGCCCUAAUACGGCCAAUUAUAUGUAUCUAAAUCCUUACAUCUUUACAGCUAUCAGUCUGUCUGCC